UUGAAUCUUCCCCGCCGCCGCUUCCAGAGCCGAGCCGCAGCCCGCCCGCCCUCCUUCGCCACCACCAGCCAGAGGAGCAGCAACAGCAGCAGCAGAGCCCCGCCGCCAGCGCUACCACCAGAAGCCCAGGCUUCCUCCCUCCCUCCUGGCGCUGGGAUGCGUCUUUGCAGCUCGGAGGGCCAGCACCGCGCGCUUGGAGAAGGGGCACCAGCAUGGCUCGCUUCGGAGAGGACCUGCCCAGCCGCUAUGGAGGUGGCGGCGCGGGGGCUCCCCCGGGGCCCGGCGGGGCCCGCGGCAGCAGCCGCCAGGGACCCCCGGGACAACCGGGACCUCCGCGGCCCCAGAUGUACAAGCAGACCAAGGCCCAGAGGGCCCGGACAAUGGCUCUUUACAACCCCAUUCCGGUCAAACAGAAUUGUUUCACAGUCAACCGUUCCCUCUUCAUCUUCAGCGAGGACAACGUGAUCCGCAAAUACGCCAAGCGCAUCACGGAGUGGCCUCCAUUUGAAUAUAUGAUUCUGGCUACGAUUAUAGCCAAUUGCAUUGUUUUGGCUCUGGAGCAACAUCUCCCUGAUGGAGAUAAGACACCUAUGUCAGAGAGGCUGGAUGACACCGAACCGUAUUUCAUUGGAAUAUUCUGCUUCGAAGCGGGCAUCAAGAUUAUUGCUCUGGGUUUUGUUUUUCACAAAGGAUCUUAUCUCCGCAACGGCUGGAACGUGAUGGAUUUUGUGGUUGUGCUUACGGGGAUUCUGGCUACAGCUGGGACCCAGUUUGACCUUCGAACGCUGAGAGCCGUCCGUGUGCUGAGACCCCUGAAACUUGUCUCAGGAAUCCCAAGUUUACAAGUUGUCCUCAAAUCCAUCAUGAAGGCAAUGGUACCCCUCCUUCAGAUCGGCCUCCUCCUCUUCUUCGCCAUCGUGAUGUUUGCCAUCAUCGGUCUGGAAUUCUACAUGGGCAAGUUUCACAAAGCUUGCUUCUCCAACGAAACAGGAGAGAGACUGGGAGAUUUCCCAUGCGGUGAAGACUGGCCCGCUAGGCGCUGUGAAGAAGGCACCUGCAAAAAAUACUGGGAGGGCCCCAACUUUGGAAUCACCAACUUCGACAACAUCUUGUUUGCUGUGCUCACGGUCUUCCAGUGCAUCACCAUGGAAGGAUGGACCGAUAUCCUCUACAACACCAAUGAUGCUGCAGGGAACAUGUGGAAUUGGCUUUACUUCAUCCCCCUCAUCAUCAUCGGCUCCUUCUUCAUGCUCAACCUGGUCCUUGGUGUCUUAUCAGGUGAGUUUGCCAAAGAACGAGAGAGAGUUGAAAACCGGCGAGCUUUUCUGAAACUCCGGAGACAGCAGCAGAUCGAGAGAGAACUUAAUGGCUACUUGGAAUGGAUCUUUAAAGCAGAGGAGGUGAUGUUAGCCGAAGAAGACAAGAAUGCUGAAGAGAAAUCCCCCUUGGAUGUGCUGAAAAGAGCGACAAUCAAGAAAAGCAAAAACGAUCUCAUCCACGCCGAAGAAGGAGAAGAUCACUUCACAGAUGUUUGCUCUGUGGGGUCUCCAUUUGCCCGGGCCAGUCUCAAGAGUGGCAAGAAUGAAAGCUCCUCCUACUUCCGUCGGAAAGAGAAGAUGUUCCGUUUUUUCAUCCGGCGCAUGGUGAAGGCCCAGAGCUUCUACUGGAUUGUCCUCUGUGUGGUGGCCCUCAACACUAUGUGUGUGGCCAUUGUGCAUUAUGAUCAGCCAGAAGGUCUCACCACCACCCUUUAUUUUGCUGAAUUUGUCUUCCUGGGUUUGUUCCUCACCGAGAUGACUUUGAAGAUGUACGGUCUGGGGCCAAGGAACUACUUCCAUUCCUCGUUCAAUUGCUUUGACUUUGGGGUGAUUGUGGGAAGCAUCUUUGAAGUCAUCUGGGCGGUGGUGAAACCUGGGACUUCUUUUGGCAUCAGCGUGCUCAGAGCCCUCCGACUGUUGAGAAUCUUCAAAGUCACCAAGUACUGGAACUCUCUGAGGAACCUGGUGGUCUCCUUGCUGAAUUCGAUGAAAUCCAUCAUUAGCCUGCUGUUCCUCCUCUUCCUCUUCAUUGUCGUGUUUGCCUUGCUGGGGAUGCAGCUUUUUGGCGGGCAGUUUCACUUCAAUGAUGAAACGCCAACUACCAACUUUGAUACCUUUCCCACUGCCAUUCUCACUGUGUUUCAGAUUCUGACUGGGGAAGACUGGAACGCCGUGAUGUAUCAGGGCAUCGAAUCUCAAGGGGGCGUCCAUUCUGGAAUGUUCUCCUCGGUCUACUUCAUCGUCCUCACACUCUUCGGGAACUAUACCCUCCUGAAUGUCUUCUUGGCCAUUGCUGUAGACAACCUGGCCAACGCCCAAGAGUUGACCAAGGAUGAAGAAGAAAUGGAAGAAGCUACCAACCAAAAACUUGCCUUGCAGAAGGCGAAGGAGGUUGCCGACGUCAGUCCCCUGUCAGCUACUAACAUUUCUAUCACAGCCAAACAGCAGAAUUCCUCCAAAUCGAAAUCCGUGUGGGAACAGAGAACCAGCCAGCUCCGCGUCUACAACUUCCGCACCAGUUGCGAAGCCUUGUACAACGAGAUGGACCCGGAGGACAGGGUUCGCUAUGCCACCAACCUCCACAUCCGUCCGGAUAUGAAGACUCACAUGGACCGACCUCUGGUGGUCGAGCCGAGGAGCGAAGGCCAUAGCGGUAACGCCAACGCCGUGAGCCCCACAGAGGGCCAGGAGGCCUCCGACCAGGUGAAGGCCCCACCAACGGAGAACGAGGUUGUGAGGAAACACCACCGGCAUCGUGAGAAGACGGGAGACACGGAAAAAAGCAGUGCCGUCAAGGAAGAGAACGGGGAAUUGGGCGGUGGUAACAACAGGGACGAACGACACCGGCCUCACCGGAGUCGUAGCAAAGAGGUGGGCGAAGGGGGUGGGAAGGAAGGGAAGAGCGAACGCAACCGAAGCCAGGAGAGAGGCAGGCAUCACCACCGUCGGGGGUCCAUCGAAGAAGGCACUGAGAAGGAACAUCGGCGUCAUCGCGGCCAUCGACAUCCUCCAGUUAGCGACAAGUCAAAGAAGGCAACGGAACCGUCAACGGGACCAAGACCCGAACGACGUUCCCGUCACCGAGGAGGGUCAAGGCCAGGCAACCGAGAAGGGGACCCUGGCUCCAAAGGGGAGGGGGGUGAAGAGCCCCACAGACGGCACAAGAUCCGGCACAAGGCUCUCUCCACUUACGAGUCGGUGGACAAAGAGAACGGAGAGAGAAAGACGGGGAGCUGGGGACAAAGGAUCUCAAGAACGUUCAACCUAAGUGAGGAAAGCCAGUGUGACACCGAGGCAGGCAUCAGUGUGACCGUGGUCCCUUUACACACCUUGCCCAGCACCUGUCUGCAGAGGGUACCUGAGCAGUCGGAGGAUGCCGACAACCAGAAGAAUGUCACUCGUAUGGCUCAACCAUCUUUGGACAAAUCUGCCCCUGUCAACAUUCCGGUCACUGUCACCGGUCCCCCCGGGGAGGCUUCCAUCAUACCAAUGAACAACGUUGAAUUUGAAGCCAAAAUGGAAGAGAAGAAGGACAUGGAUGCUGAAGAUGAGAUAACCAACAGUACACCCAAGCCGAUCCUUCCCUACAGCUCCUUGUUCAUCUUAAGCCCAACCAACCCGAUCCGGUGCCUCUGUCACUACAUUGUCAACAUGCGUUACUUCGAGAUGGUCAUCCUCUUUGUUAUCGCACUCAGCAGCAUCGCCCUGGCCGCCGAGGAUCCUGUUCAAGCGGAGUCGCCCAGAAAUGAGGCUCUCAAGUACCUGGAUUAUAUAUUUACAGGUGUCUUUACCUUUGAGAUGGUGAUAAAGAUGAUUGAUUUGGGACUCCUGCUGCAUCCCGGUGCCUAUUUCCGCGAUCUCUGGAACAUCCUCGACUUCAUUGUGGUCAGUGGAGCACUUGUGGCAUUUGCCUUUUCAGGGAACAAAGGGAAGGAUAUUAACACCAUUAAGUCCCUCCGCGUGCUACGGGUCCUUCGCCCGUUGAAAACCAUCAAACGCCUACCCAAACUGAAGGCGGUCUUCGACUGUGUGGUGAACUCCCUGAAGAACGUUCUCAACAUCCUCAUUGUCUACAUGCUCUUCAUGUUCAUCUUCGCCGUCAUCGCGGUGCAGCUUUUCAAAGGCCGGUUCUUCUACUGCACCGAUGAAUCGAAGGACUUGGAGAAAGACUGCAGAGGCCAGUAUCUGGCUUACGAGAAGGAUGAAGUGGAAGCUCAGCCCAGACAAUGGAAGAAAUACGAUUUUCACUAUGACAAUGUUCUCUGGGCUCUGUUGACCCUGUUCACAGUCUCCACUGGAGAAGGAUGGCCCACUGUUUUGAAGCACUCUGUUGAUGCAACGUAUGAAAACCAAGGCCCAAGUCCUGGCUACCGGAUGGAGAUGUCGAUCUUUUACGUCGUCUAUUUUGUCGUCUUCCCGUUUUUCUUUGUGAAUAUCUUCGUAGCUUUGAUCAUCAUCACCUUCCAAGAACAGGGCGACAAAGUGAUGUCUGAAUGCAGCCUGGAGAAAAAUGAGAGAGCCUGCAUAGAUUUUGCCAUCAGUGCCAAGCCUUUAACCCGCUAUAUGCCCCAAAACAAGCAGUCAUUCCAGUACAGGAUGUGGAAAUUUGUGGUGUCUCUUCCUUUUGAGUACUUUAUCAUGGUCCUGAUUGCCCUGAAUACCAUUGUCCUCAUGAUGAAGUUCUAUGGUGCCCCCGAACCCUACGAAGAUAUGCUGAAAUGCCUCAAUAUUGUCUUCACCUCCAUGUUUUCACUGGAAUGUAUCUUGAAGAUCAUCGCCUUUGGUGCAUUGAAUUAUUUUCGCGAUGCCUGGAACAUUUUUGAUUUUGUCACAGUCUUGGGAAGUAUUACUGAUAUUUUAGUCACAGAGAUUGCGGAUAAUUUCAUUAACCUGAGCUUCCUCCGACUUUUCCGGGCAGCCCGACUGAUUAAGCUUCUCCGUCAGGGCUACACCAUACGGAUUCUGCUGUGGACUUUUGUCCAGUCUUUCAAGGCCUUGCCAUAUGUGUGCCUCCUCAUCGCCAUGCUGUUUUUCAUCUAUGCCAUAAUUGGCAUGCAGGUCUUUGGAAACAUCGCUCUGGAUGAUGACAGCGCCAUUAAUCGUCACAAUAACUUCCAAACCUUUCUGCAAGCACUAAUGCUGCUUUUUCGGAGCGCUACUGGAGAAGCCUGGCAUGAAAUCAUGCUUGCGUGCCUCAGCAACCAACCCUGCGACGAGCACUCCAACCUCAGCAGAAACGAAUGUGGCAGUGACUUUGCUUACUUCUACUUUGUCUCCUUCAUCUUCCUCUGCUCCUUUCUGAUGUUGAACCUGUUUGUGGCUGUAAUCAUGGACAACUUUGAGUACUUGACCCGAGAUUCAUCCAUCCUUGGACCUCAUCAUCUGGAUGAGUUCAUUCGUGUGUGGGCAGAGUACGACCCAGCUGCUUGUGGGCGGAUCAGUUACACCGACAUGUACGAGAUGCUGAGGCACAUGUCGCCACCACUUGGCCUCGGGAAGAACUGUCCCGCUCGUAUUGCCUAUAAGCGUUUGGUCAGGAUGAACAUGCCCAUCUCAAACGACGAUUUAAGCGUCCACUUCACCUCAACGCUAAUGGCCUUGAUACGGACAGCCCUGGACAUCAAACUUGCAUCAGGUAUGUUGCAACACCAGUGUGAUGCUGAGCUGAGGAAGGAGGUUUCAGUGGUUUGGCCCAAUUUGUCCUCCAAAACCUUGGAUCUGUUAGUGCCACCUCAUAAACCUGAAGCCAUGACAGUGGGGAAGGUUUAUGCAGCCUUGAUGAUAUUUGAUUUCUACAAACAAAAUAAAAACACCCGUGACCCUUCUCACUCAGGGCCUGGAGGUCUCUGUCAGACUGGCACUGUUUCCCUUUUCCAUCCGCUGAAAGCGGCCCUCGAGCAAAGCCAGACAGGAUUCCCCAAUGCUUUCCUGCGUCAAAAGAGCUCCGCGUCACUCAACAAUGGGGGCGCCCUGCCAAUGCCAGAAGGAGGAGGCAUCAAAGAAUCCGUGUCCUGGGGGAUCCAACACACCCAGAACAUGUUUUAUGAAACUAGGACACCAGUGUUUGAACGAGGCCAUUCGGAGGAAAUUCCCGUCCAGCAGGUUGUAGAAAUGCAAAAAAUCAGCCCAACUUUAGCCAACGGGGAGCAUCAACCAGGACUGGAAAUUCAAGGGCGAGCGGCUUCCAUGCCACGGCUGGCAGCCGAGACUCAGCCCAUUCCGGACACCAGCCCCAUGAAGCGCUCAGUCUCUACGCUCAACCCACAGCGUCCCCGCGCCACGCAUCUUUACGAACAUCCCCGGCCAGCUGAACACACCCAUCAUCAUCAUCACCAUCGUUGCCACCGGCGGAGAGAGAAGAAGCAGAAGUCGGUUGACAAGCCACCCAAUCAUUUGAUUGAUGGUGAAGCUCCUGCAGGAGAAGCCACCUCCAAGUCCAAAAGGCAGGAGCGGGGCCGGUCCCAGGAACGGAAAGUCCAUUCUUCCUCUUCCUCUGAAAAGCAACGCUUUUACUCCUGCGACCGCUACGGGAGUCGGGACCAUUCUCAGCCCAAGUCCUCUGAGUGCAGUAGGCCUCCGUCUCCUGGUGGAGGGCUGGACCACGAGACACAGAAACAGGGCAGUGGUUCAGUUAACGGGAGCCCCCUGCUGUUGACCUCUGGUGCUAGCACCCCAUGCCGUGGUCGGAGGCAGUUGCCGCAAACUCCGCUGACUCCACGCCCCAGCAUUACCUACAAGACUGCCAACUCCUCGCCUGUGCAUUUCUCUGGGUUCCAGACCGGCCUGCCAACUUUCUCCCCGGGACGCUUGAGCCGGGGUCUCUCUGAGCACAAUGCUUUGCUGCAUGGCGACUCCCAGGGACCCUCACCAACCCUGAUGGCACGCAUCGGUUCGGACCCUUACCUGGGACACCGAGAAGAGAGUGACAGUUCAUACCAUAUGAUGCCUGAGGACACGCUCACCUUUGAGGAGGCAGUGGCCACCAAUUCAGGGAGAUCCUCCCGGACCUCUUAUGUCUCCUCUCUAACAUCCCAGUCCCAUCAAAUCCGCCGAGUUCCCAAUGGGUACCAUUAUGUCUUGGGACUAAAUGCCGGCUCUGGCACCAGCACUAGGGCGCGUAGCUAUUACCACGAGCGAGACGAAGAUGAUUGGUGCUAGCAGGACAAGAACCAAGUUGCACACUGGAGGUUCGAUGAGUUUUAUCAUCCGGACAACCGCCACGUUGACGUGCUUAUGUCUUUGCAUCCAGCCCUGUGACAUCAAGGCUGCUGGGGGGUGGUGGGGAAAGAAGAUACAAAGCAGCUGCCUCUUUGUGGAACAGCCUUGCCAAAAUGGUCCUAGGUCCAUGGACCCCACGACGCCUGGUCCCUCUCUGUCCCCGGUUUCCUCUUUUGCACUAGAAGAGCUAUUGAUCCAUCAGGAAAGGCACCUGGUUCAGAGGGUCCGAGUAGAGCAGGCGUCCUUCUGUUCUGCUCCCUGUUGCCAUGUCAUGGGAGAUACCACCUUCCACCCCAAGUUAACGAGGCUACAACAAAAGCCCAGAGAGAAAACCCUAGACUAAAAGACUGGAAAUCUACACAGUUGGGGGUUAGCAGGUGUGGAAGACAAAAGAAAAUUAAAAAAAAAUAAUCACCCUGAUGUACAAAGAACACCAACCUAUGUUUUAUUGUGUCCACGUUUUAAGAAGAGAGUUUAUCCAGAUGGAUCUUCUCAACCCUUGGCCAACGGUGACCCCUUAUCAACCGAGCCAGGCAUGGAAAACUUCCAAUGGAUCCGAGCACCAUACGGCUACGCCCAACUUCUUGGUCCAUCCUUUGGUCUCCACGUUUUGUUUUUUUUGUGAGUCCUUCCCACCAGCGUUUUUGGAAAAAGCCCUUCAAAGAGAGGAGAGGUUUUUUUGGGCAAGGACAACAUCUUGAAUCUCAUUCUUGAUGUCGAACUCUUCUCCUCGGACAAAAGAGUUGGUGGCCCCUAUCUUAAAUUUACAUCUUGUUUACAAAUCCGAGCUGAGGAGGGGGAUGAAGAAGAGAAGACAAAGGACGAGGAGGAGGAAGAGGAGGAGGAGGAGAAAGAGGAGGAGGAGGAGGAGGAGGAGGGUGGGGUGGGCAGAACUGUUGUGUUUUAUAUUGAGCUGUUGGAUAAACUUUUCCUUUUCAUUGUGUCCACUUUCUGGGGUGGGUGGGGUUAAACUGUAUAGCGAAAGAAAGCAAGACAAGAACACAGCCAAAAUGUGGAGAGUCCUUCCCAGUGGAGAACUCGUCUACUGGCCAUUCCAAGGUUUGUUUUUUUCUCCUUCCUGAAGGCGCCCGUUCUUUACUUCUAAGUGCCUAAUCUUUGGGAACCUCUUGUGGCAACGAUGCAGUUGUGUUUGUAUUCCCCCAUCUCCCCCGAAAUAGAAUAGAGUAAGAAGCAGGAGGGAGUCUUGAGGAGAGAAGCUUCUUUGAUCUUCUGGCAUAGCUUUUAGUGGGCUCUCAACGUCACCCAGAGCUCGAUUUGAUCUUUUCACUUCACACGAGGCCAGAGAACGAUUUUAGAAUAUCAAAUAAAAUAAGUUCAGGUUUUGUUUUAGGAUGUUUGAUGGGUCCUGGAAGGUGUACAACAGAUGAACAGAGUUGGGAGGGACCUUAUAGGUCAUCUAGUCCAACCCCCUGCCCCUGCUUAAGCAGGAGACCCUACACAAGAAAGAAGCCUUCUGCCUCAGGAUGGAUGCUUUUGCAAAACUCAAUAGAAGCAAAAAGGGGGAAAGGAGUGCUUCAUUCAGCUCUUUGGAUUGAAAUCCGUGUCUUGGAGACUGAAUCUCGGGAGCGGCCUCGGGACGGGAUGUUGUGGGGUGGGGGGGGGCAAAUCCUUCACCCAGACAUUUGGUUGGAGUUAAUUCCGAUUCUCAGGGAUGAGAUUCCGUUUUUAUUUUUUAUUUUUUUUAUUUCUCAACCCCCGUUUUGGGUCUGUAUGCUUGUCUGUCUGUGUCUGCGUGGUUUUUAUAUAUAUAUUUUUUAAUGUCCUGCACGCACGGGGUUUAGUGUGCAUGCGUGCGCUGGUUCUGAAUUCAGGAAGGUAGUUUCGCUAGGGAGCCAAACCUUUGCUUUGAAAAGAUGCCAAACCGCUGCUUUGGAAGAUAGGACCCAUUUCAUUGACGUUCAGCCCAGGGGUGAAAUCUACUUACUUCCCUACCGGUUUGGAAGUGCGCGUUCUGCGUCACAUUUGAUUUUGGACCCUCUGCAGAUGCUCAAAGCCUUCUGCUUUGGGUGAAAAAAAGGCUACUUCCUGGUUAAAACCAGGAAGUAGCAACAUCCGGACGAGUGGGCGGAGACUUGCGCUGCUGCCACUACCAGUUCUCCAAAUCACCCACCGCCACCGGUUCAGUCGAACCGUUCUGAACCGGUAGCAUUUCACCCAGGGAUGAAAUCCAAAAUUUUUCCCUACCGGUUCUGUGGGUGUGGCGUGGUGGCCAUGGCAGGGGAAGGAUAUUACAAAAUCUCCAUUCCUACUAGGGAUGGGUUCUACUUACCUUUACUACUAGUUCACAAUGGGGCCACGUGUGCACACUCGCUUUGCUCAUGCGCACUCUCUUCUGCACAUGCGCAGAAGCAUUUUGAUGACAUCGGGGUCGGUGGGCGGAGCCUCCCGCCGGUUUUACUACCGGUUCUAUAGAACCGGGGACAACCCACCACUGAUUCCCACCACACUCUAGGGCUAUCCAGAGGUGGUAUUUGCCAGUUCUGCAAACUAUUCAAAAUUUCUGCAAUCGGUUCUCCAGAACCUGUUAGAACCUGCUGGAUUUCACCCCUGGUUCAGCCCAAAGCAGCUGAGGUUCUGGGCAUGGAGGAGGUUAAGAAGAAAGAAGGAACAGAGCCAAAAUAAUUGUCAGAAGGGAACCGGUGGGGGGGAAAACAGAGCAAGAGUCUCUGUUUGACACGACACUUUCCACAUAGCUUAAAAUACUUUUAAAAAUUUAAUUAAUUAAAUUUAAUUAAUUAAAUUUAUAUGCCGCUCAUCUCCGAAGACUCAGGGCGGCUCUGAGUGUAACAUGUGAAGGCACCCCAGGAGGAAUUUGCUAUUAGAAGGACAGAGUCCUACAGUUACCGUGUUUCCCCGAUAAUAAGACCAGGUCUUAUAUUAAUUUUUGCUCCGAAAGAUGCAUUAGGGCUUAUUUUCCAGUUAGGUCUUAUUUUGGGGGAAAUACGGUACUAAAUAACAGUAACAGAGUUGGAAGGGAUCUUGGAGGUCAUCUAGCCCAACCCCCUGCUCACGCAGGAGACCUGAACUAGGGAUUUGAACUGCCAAACUUCCGACCUUUCUGAUCGACUAUCUCAAUGUCUUACCCACCGAGCCACCUAGUCAGGCUAAAUGCAUCUGUCUGGCUGACAGUCUUAACUGGGGCUUAUUUUGGGGGAUAGGGCUUAUAUUACGAGCAUCCUGAAAAAAAAUCAUGCUAGGGCUUAUUUUCCGGUUGGGUUUUAUUUUCGGGGAAACAGGGUAUUUUCAUCUUUGAAAGUAACCCUUGCUUGUAAAUCCAGCUUUCAUCUGAACGGCGGUGGGGGAAAAGAGGGAAGGGAAGAAUAUUUGGAGAGCAUUUAAAAGCCAAAAAAAAAAAAAAACAACCCUCUACCAUAAUCCGGAGGUUAUUCCUAGUUAUGGGGAACAAUUUCCAUCUGAAAUUGGAAAAAAAGAUUCCCGUUCUUUGUCCCAAAGGUGUUUUUUUUUUUUCAAGAAGCAACUGCACUUUCUGCUUUUUCUUUGAAAACGUUUCACUUCUCAUCCAAAAAGCUUCUUCAGAGAAGCAAAAUGUCUUCAAAGAAAAAGCAAGAAAGUCCAGUUGCCUCUUGGAAAAGCACUUUUGGGGACAAUCCUAACCUGGAUGACUGAGAAUCUCCAUAGACAUUUAGCUAUUCCUGUUCUUGGUUUUCCAGACCAGGAGUUGACUCCCAGGCCAAACCAUAGCUUUUAAGAAGCCAUGAUCUGCACCAUCGAAACUAAGGGGCAAACCCUUGCCUGCAGCAAAUACAAUUAAGUAUAAUAACCUCUGUCCCCCGCACAAAAAAAGUUGGAACCCCUUGCAUGAAAGACCCACACACACACACACACACACAACUUUAUAAAGCUAGACACAAAAGUGUGUUUCAUUUUAUAUCUAGCUUGCACUUCAGUUCCAGGAGAAAGUGUCCCGUGUAGCUUUGAAAGCAGAAUCUUUUUAAGAGACAGCUAGUCCUCGACUUACGGCCACUAUUGAGCCCCACGUUUCUGUUGCUAAGCGAGGCGGUUGUUAAGUGAGUCUUGUCCCCUUUUACGACUGAGUUUUGAUCACGUGGCCACGACGUUCCAAAAGUCGUAAACGCGAAAAACAUACGUCGCUUUUUUUUUCAGUGCUGUUGUCAUUUUGGACAGUCACUAAACGAAUGGUUUUAAGUCGAGAACUGCUUGCACAGGACUGGAAAAAUAAGAUGGGAUGGGGAAGGGAAAAAAAAAAUAGUUGUUUCUCCGUCAGCAAACCUCUAAAAAGCCACCCAGCCCGAGAAACAGAAUAAAACUUUGCAAAAAUUAAGCAUGUCCCACAUUUCUUUUUAGCACUUUAUGUGUUUUAAAUCAGUUCCCUGCCCAUCCCAGCAAGUGCUACUGUGGCAUGCUUUAAAAGGCAGUUGCAAAUUAGCAUCUAAGGCUAAUAUCUUUUUAUUAUUAUGAUUAUUAGUUAAUAACUUUAAAUUGUCACUAGGUGUUGCUAUAAUCCCAUGUACCCGGGCGGAAAAAGCUUGCAAUUUUUUGCAUUAAGGCAGUAUUUUAUAUCUCCUUUAAUACUUGAUCCAAAUAGCCACAGAGAAGCAAGGGGAGAGUUUUUUUGCAACGGGAGGAAUGAAUCUCAACCUAAGGGGGAAAUAUUAUUAUUAUUAUUAUUAUUAUUAUUAUUAUUAUUAUUAUUAUUAUUAUUAUUAUUAUUAUUAUUAUUUAGCAAAAAUCGGCUGCAAAGGAAAAGCUUAACCACUUAACACAGAGAACACAGACCAGGCGCACAGAAUAUACAAAGAGACCGUAAAAAAGUAGUUUAAUUCUUGAACUGGGAAAAUGUGUUGUUGUUUUUUUGGAAAGACAAGAAAAUACAACAUUUUGCUUUUAAAGCUAUCCCUUGGACGCUUGUGAGUCAGAGGUUUUUAAGCGAACACAUUUUUAAAAAUAGAAAGCUGGGUAUCUCGGACUUCAAAAUUCUUCUUCUCCCACUUAAAGCAGUGGGAUUUGAAUUCGUAAAUCUUCUGGAAAUCCUGUACAGGUAAUCCUUCGACUUAUGACCACAACUUGGGGGAAAAAAGGCAUAGACACCAACUUUUGGGAAUUCAAGUUGAAGCAUCUCAGAAAGAUGCGCCUCUCUCUUUUAAAAACUGCGUUUUCCAGAUUCUGAUCUCCAAGUAAUCUCAUCCCUAGAUUGCGUGUUUGUGUAUGGAUGCAUGCGUGUGUAACAUCUUUCUCUUUUAUUAAUCCGCCACCUUUUGAACACGUAAACAGGAGCACUAUUAAUUUUACUUUAGGCCUAAGAGUCUUCCGAUUGAGCCGUCCCAACAGAAGUGCAGCUGAAAUGUUGGAUGUCAUUAAGCAUAAAAAAAUAAUAAUAUGAGGGCAUCUUCAGAACUGCCAGAAUUAGCACCCAGGGCAACAAAUGUUUUUUUCUACGGUAAUAGUUACCCCUUUAGCGUGGGAACUAGUCCUCAACUUAAGACCACAGCUGAGUUCGAAAUUUCCACUGCUGAGCAAGGCAGUUGUUAAGAGAGUCUUAAGUUUCAUGACAUCUUUCUGCCACCAUUGUUAAGCGAAUCGCUGUGGGGGGUGUCUGACUCUUGCGGUCCUUAAGUGAAUCUGGCUUUCCCUUUGGACUUUGCUUGUCAGAAACUGGCUGGGAAGGUUACAACAGUUGAUCACAUGAUCCUAGUACGGAGCAACUGUCAUAAGUACAUGCCAGUUGCCGAGCCUUUGAAUUUUGGUCACGUGAUCACGAGGAUGCCACAAUUGUCGUACAUCAUCCUCUUUCCAGUGCUGUUGUCACUUCAAACGGUCACUAAAUAAAUGGGUGUUAAGUUGAGGACCACUUGUAGGGAAACUCUAUUUAACAUGCAAGCGGCUCUUUCUAAAUUUGCAUUUUGGCAUACAAAUUAGCCUAGGCAAGUCGUAUGGUGUUCUCCAGUGGUGGGAUUCAGCCGGUUCGCACCUAUUCGGGAGAACCGGUUGUUAACUUUCUAAGCAGUUCGGAGAACCGGUUGUUGGAAGAAAUCUCCUUUUGUUUUUUCCCACUUUACAGGGCUAAUCCUGUAAGGAAGGAAACAUUCUGGCGUUGUUUCUAGCCUAAUCUUUAUUGCCCUGCUUACAGAAACUGCCUCUCUGGUUAACUCUUGUUACAUUGUAACAGCUAAAGCGAAGCACCGAUCGACAUGAGUGACGUUGAGUUGGCCAUGCCCACACGGUCACAUGACCACCAAACCAUGCCUACCCAGCUGGCCAUUAGGGCAGAGAAUUGGUUGUUAAAUUAUUUGAAUCCCACCACUGGUGUUCUCUUGUCCGGGGUGAAGAAUAGGUUGGCUUGAUGGAGAUAACUUUUUUAAAAAAUGGAGGAUACAUGCAGGAAACCGAUUCACCGAGAAUAGUUCGUCCUUCUCGGGUGGACGCUGCGUUAUCUUUUUUCUUUCUAAAAAAAAAUACGAUUCUUUAAAAAAUGCAACAAAAUAAAACUAGGGCUAUGCAACGAUAGCGGUACUUUUUUUUCAUAACUCCAGUCGAAGAAUGGGAGCGAAAUCCAUCAAGCCAUACAAGACCAUCAUGUUAUUUUACAACUUAACCAAGUUGACGUUUUCCUUUCCUUCUUCCAAGCAAAAGCAUGACUGUGACCAAAUCUUUUCUACCUUUUACCAAUAGGAAGGCACAAAUACUUUCUUGGGGAAAACCAUUUAAAAAAAACACACAAAAUAAGAAUAAUAAAAAAAGGAAGGGGAGUUGUUUUAGAAAAAAAAAAUCCAAGAUACGGAGAACAAACUCGCCGGGAAAAAUCUGUUUUCUCCCAAUUUUGUGCAUGGGGUUGGUUGGUUGGUUUUAUUCUGUAACCGCUGUCCUGCGUUCCCGUUUUUCUUAUUAAACCAGUAUGAUGCAA